AUGGGACGGAGCUGCUCCUUCCUCCUGCUCCUCUUCCUCCUGUCCCCAUGGCCCAGAGCCACCGUGGCACUCCUGCAGUACCGCUAUGACUGUGGAGAGUUGGGAAUGCAGCUCCUGGUCUUCCCAUCCCAUGGCCGUACUGUUCACUUCAAGGUUCUGGACGAGUUUGGCUCCCACUUUGACGUAGCCAACUGCUCCAUCUGCCUCCACUGGCUGAAUUCCAGGGAGGAUGGUUCCGUCAUCUUCUCCUCUGGUUACAAGGGCUGCCACGUCCUGUUCAAGGAGAACCGCUACGUCCUGCGGGUGCAGCUGGAGGAGCUGCUGUCCAGCGGGAUCUCGGUCACCUCCUACGAGAUCAACAUGACCUGCCCCAAGCCAGGUGGCUCUGAGAUGCUCCCAGAUGGAAACCAGGAGAAGAGCCGGGACAGCGGAGUCCUGAUCUCCCACACUGGCCUGCACCAGGUCUCCGAGUCCUCCCUUACCCUUACGGGAUCCCACUUCACAUCCCAAGAUCACGUGGAGCAGGUUCACACCGUGGGACAUUUGGCACAUCACGGGAGUCAGACCCAGCCAGGGCACCUGCGUCCAGGGUCUGUAUCCCAAAACCAGCCUGGGAUGGUGCAUCCUGUGGGCCAAAACCAACCAGGGAUUCGCCCAGGGUCUGUAUCCCAAAACCAGCCUGGGAUGGUGCAUCCUCCUGGGGGUCAAAACCAACCAGGGACUCGCCCAGGGUCUGUAUCCCAAAACCAGCCUGGGAUGAUGUAUCAUGGGGGCCAAAACCAACCAGGUACUCGCCCAGGGUCUGUAUCCCACAACCAGCCUGGCUUGACCUCCACUGGUGCCCAGACUCCAGCAGGAUUCCUGCACCUGGGACCUCAGCCUCUAAACCAGCCAGGAAUAUCUCGUUUCAUCAGCCCUGGACUCCAGGCUGAGCCGCAGCCAGGCCUGGGACGCCCCGGGCUGCAGCCCCAGCCUGGAUUGCUGCAUCCUGGGAUUCACUCCCAGCCCAGCCUGCUGCAGUCCACAGCGCUCUUCUACCCCUCGCCAGGGGCAGUCUGCUUCCCCCCAGGAACGCAGCUGACGCGGGAGCAGUGCCAGGUGCCGGCGGGCCGGAUGCCGUGUGUGGCUCCACAGGGACGGGAUGCAUGCCUGCAGGCGGGAUGCUGCUACGACGACAUGGACCGGACCACACCCUGCUAUUAUGGGAAUACCGCCACCGUGCAGUGCCUGCUGGAGGGACACUUUGUCCUGGUGGUCCCGCGGGGAAUGGUGGCCCUGCCGUACAACCUGGACAGCGUGCGGCUGGCCAGCAGCCAGGCAGGAUGCGAGCCCCUCCGCGUGUCCGAGACCUUCGUCAUGUUCCGCUUCCCGGUCACCCACUGCGGCACCACCGUCCAGGUGAUUGAGGACAUGCUGGUCUAUGAGAACCAGCUGAUCUCCACCAUCGAUGUCCAGGGAUCCCGCCGUGGCUCCAUCACUCGGGACAGCGUCUACAUUCUCCGAGCUCGGUGCAUCUACAACUCCAGCGACCUCCUUCCCCUGGGAGUGGAGGUGGCCGUGCCCCCCACAGUUGCCCCCCUGGCCAUGCCGGGCCCGCUGGGGCUCCAGCUGCGGAUUGCUACCGAUGAAUCCUACAGCUCCUACCACGCCGUGGGUGACUUCCCCCUGGUGAGGGUGCUCCGGGACCCCAUCUAUGUGGAAGUCCGGCUGCUCGAGAAGACGGAUCCCAACUUGGUGCUGGUGCUGCACCACUGCUGGGCCUCCCCUGGCUCCCAUGCCACAUCCCAGCCCCAGUGGCCCAUCCUGGUGGAGGGGUGUCCCUUCCAAGGGGACAACUACAGGACACGGCUGAUUCCAAUGGGUCCGGCCUCUCCAGAGCUGCCCUUCCCCAGCCACUACCAGCGCUUUGUCAUCUCCACCUUUGCCUUCGUGGAGCCCCCUGGAAUGGCUGUGCUGGAGGGGGAGGUGUACAUCUCCUGCAGCGCCUCCGUGUGCCACCUGGCCCAGCCGGAGCCCUGCCGGCCCUCCUGCCAGCUGGGAGUGCCCUCACGAGCGCGGAGGUCUCCGGGGGACAGGAGGACAGGUGACAGCAUGGGGACAGUCACGUCCCAGGGAUGCCUUGUCUUUCCUGAGGUUCCCAAGAAACGGGGAACUCAGCAGAGAGGCUGAAGGCUCCAGCCUCUACCUGGAUGCUGUUGGAUGUCUCUGGGAAAGCUGGAAAAAUAAAACCAGUG